CCGCCUCAUAUACCCUGGGGUUAUAACCUUCCUUAUAGCAACUGUGACCUUUCCUCCUGGAUUUGGGCAGUUCAUGGCAGGAGAGUUGAUGCCACGAGAAGCCAUCAGCUCUCUCUUUGAUAACUAUACCUGGGCAAAAUACACAGGGGACCCUCAGAUUCUAGGGAAAUCUGCUGCCUGGAUCCAUCCUAAAGUCAGCGUCUUCAUCAUCAUCCUGCUCUUCUUCCUUAUGAAGUUCUGGAUGUCUGUCAUUGCUACCACAAUGCCAAUCCCCUGCGGAGGCUUCAUGCCUGUUUUUGUUCUAGGUGCUGCAUUUGGGCGUCUUAUUGGGGAAAUCAUGGCAUCACUUUUCCCCAAUGGGAUCCUCUUUGAUGGUAUUGUUUAUCAAAUCUUACCUGGAGGGUACGCUGUCAUUGCCUUCUUCUCUCCCUAUUCCUUUUCCACCCUACCUGGGAAAGGUGCAGCAGCUCUGACAGGAGCAGUGAGCCACACUGUCUCCACUGCUGUGAUCUGCUUUGAGCUGACAGGUCAGAUCUCUCAUAUCCUCCCUAUGAUGGUUGCUGUCAUUCUUGCCAACAUGGUGGCCCAGAGUCUGCAGCCCAGCCUCUAUGAUAGCAUCAUCCAGGUGAAGAAGUUGCCCUACCUGCCAGACCUGGGCUGGAAUCACAUAAGCAAAUACAAUAUCUUUGUUGAGGAUAUUAUGGUCCAAGAUGUGAAAUUCAUCUCCUCCAACUGUAAAUACCGAGACUUGCAAACUCUACUCCAAAGCACCACUGUUAAGACUUUGCCUUUGGUCGACUCACCAGAGACCAUGAUCCUUCUGGGGUCUGUAGAGCGAUCUGAACUGCAGGCUCUCCUCCAGAGACAUAUAAGCCCAGAACGGCGACAGCUCCUCAACAGAGAAAUGCAGCAGAAGCUGUCUGAGGCACCCUACGAUGGGCACAGCAAGGGACCAUGGGCAACCCUGCCAAAGCUGAAGCACGAAUCUUUUGCUUAUGUUGAUGAGGAUGAGGAUACAGAUGAGAAGGGAGAGCUGUCUCAGUCCCCAAGUCCCACUCCCAGUUACCCAGAGGAGCCCAAUGGCCCGACAAGUCCUCUUAAACAAAUGCCUGAAACUUCGGAGCCACAGCAACUCCCAGGUGCUGAUUUCCCAGAGACGAGAAGGAGCUUUCUCUGCUGUUCCUGUAUUAAAGGCAAUUUCAGGAGUUUGAGGCAACUGAUCCAGCAGCUCUUGUGCCAUUACAACCAUCCACUUGAAACAGAGCGUGCCGUCCAGGAGCCAGUGGAAGUCAUUGACACAAUGACGCCAGAAGAGAUAGAUGCUUGGGAACAGGAGGAGCUGAACAAGAAUGUGUGCUUUGACAGCUGCCACAUAGACCCUGCCCCUUUCCAACUGGUGGAGGGAACUUCACUACAUAAGACACAUACAUUGUUCUCAUUACUGGGCCUCAGCCAUGCCUACAUAACAAGUAUGGGGAAGCUGAGGGGAGUGUUGGCUUUGGAAGAGCUCCAAAGGGCAAUAGAGGGCUCCACACGCUCUGGGGUUCGCCUCCGCCCACCCCUUGCCAGUUUCCGCGAUACCAACCGGACUUCCAUCAGUGGUGAGAAGGUCAGUCAGGCCACUCAGGUGUGGAGCCAGCAGGACAACUGCACGGUGGCAGCACAGCAAGCAGCAGACUUGAGCACAGAGAGCCCACUGCCUCUCUGCUUGCACUCCCCUCAGCCCUCACACUCACAUGAAGAGGGAGAAGUCCCAUGCUCCACUUAUGCCACUGAUACUGAGUUGGAAGAGAUGGAGCUGACAGGGCCAGUUGCUGAAAACAUCUCAGACAUCCUCAAGGACAUAAGCCUACGCUCCACUGACCUGGAUGAGGAUGAAGAUGAGGAUGAGGAUGUCCCCUUAUAG